CCCGGCAGCCCCGGCCCGUGUUGCCAGCAGCCAGCGCGAAGCCUUCCGUUCGAAGGCGGGGAUGAGAUAAUGGCAAGGGGAGGGGACAUCUGAGCAUACCCAGAGUACCUUCCCGGCAUGGCGAACCCAGCGGCGGCUUCUCCUUCGGAGCGGACGCGCCUGCCGGUCUGCCCGUCCAGCCGUUCUGCCCUGCGGAAGAAACGGGAGCGCUCCUGCCCAGCUCAUUCCCGUCGCUUAUAGGGAGGGAGAAGUCCGCAGGAAAAGGCAACCAGCAUAAAGCGUGAAAUGACCUUCACAGCAUUUCAGCAGGAGGACCUAAAAAGUGAUCUGAAUCAAAAACUGUCAGAACCACAUUUUUUUCUGAUGGCUAUGAAGGAAGAAGAUUCUAAAACAGCAGACACCAAAAAAACCAGAGUCUAUGAGCGUGAAAAAGAAAGCACUCGUUCAAUCUGCCUUCUUGAACAAAAGCGCAAAGUCGUAUCUUCAAAUAUUGAUGUGCCUCCUGCAAGAAAAUCUUCAGAAGAACUGGAUAUGGAUAAAGUCACAGCAGCUAUGGUGCUAACCAGUUUAUCCACCAGCCCCUUGGUUCGCAGCCCUCCUGUCCGACCCAAUGAAUCUUUAAAUGGAUCUUGGAAAGAAGGAGGAUUCGUGCCUUCCAGCACCAGCAGCAGCGGGUAUUGGAGCUGGAGUGCUCCAAGCGACCAAUCAAAUCCAUCCACCCCAUCACCGCCUCUUUCUGCUGACAGCUUCAAACCAUUUCGAUUGCUCUCUCAAACAGACGAUGGCAUUGAUGAAGCUGAAACUAGCAGCCUCCUUUUUGAUGAGCCCAUUCCUAGAAAAAGGAAGAAUUCCAUGAAGGUAAUGUUUAAAUGCCUUUGGAAAAACUGUGGGAAAGUGCUGAGCACAGCUGUUGGGAUUCAAAAACACAUCCGGACCAUUCAUCUCGGGCGUGUAGGAGAAUCUGACUACAGUGAUGGAGAGGAAGAUUUUUACUACACGGAGAUCCGUCUCAACACUGAUUCAGUAGCGGAUGGAUUAAAUAGUUUAUCUCCCGUUUCUCCAUCCCUAGCAUCUCCUCCUUCUUUUCCAUGUCAAGAUGCAAGCAAAAAUGAGCUGUCAUGUGCCAAAACAGAUGCUAAAGGGAUGACACCUCUAAGCCGCUCAGCUCCUACCAGCCUCUACCUCGUUCACUCUGACCAUGCUUACCAGGCCACAGCUCCUGUGAACAUCCCAGGUUCCACGAAGUUCACACCCAAUGGAAAUGGCUUUAGCAUCUCUUGGCAGUCACCCCCUGUUACCUUCACUGGUGUUCAAGUCUCACCAACUCACACACGUCCUGCAGGAAAUGGAGAGCAAAAGCAACAGAUUCAGACAGUUCUAUCAUCACCACCUAGAGCGUCAGUUGGCCUAAGAAAACCUAGAGGAGAGGGCAAGAAAUGCCGUAAAGUAUAUGGGAUGGAGAACAGAGAUAUGUGGUGCACAGCUUGUCGCUGGAAAAAGGCCUGCCAGAGGUUCAUUGACUGAAGAACAGACAUAAUAUGGAGGAACUUAUUCAAGGAAUUCCUUGCUGCAGCUGCACGACUCUUCCUACAUCACUGAGUGCUCAUGUCUAUUGAAUGAUUGCACUUUAAAGCAACAUAGUUGUAUCUAGGAAGGAUUUCUCAAAGGUCUAUAGGCAGCAAUAUAGAGGAAGCUAACAACGAAAACCUUUAAAAUUUUGAAUCAGGAGCAGCUAUAUGCGUUUUUCUUUAAAGAAGAAAAAUGAUCUUUUUAAUAAUCUUGGACAAUAUACGUGCCAGCACCACAAUUUUUGGUCCUGCGUCAUUGUCUCCGUUGUGAACUUUGGAAUCAGAACAAGCAAAAAUCAAGUGACACUACUUUUCCUGAAAUAGUUUUUUUAAUGCAUAUGUUAAAAAGUGUGUUUCUAAAUGAUACUUUACAGAUGCAUAAGCUACAAUUUUCUCAAGAGUAUAUCACCUAGAAGUGUUGAAUAAUUCUAACUAUGACUGGUCUCGAUUCACAGUCCUGGCUGUGAACUUUAGGGAUAUUAGAAUAUUGCUUUGCUGGAAGGACAAGGAGCAUCUGGAAGAGGAUUUUUAAGAACAAUCUCACACCAAGACAUGAAGCUUAAACUUCACUUUUAUUUCUAUCCUAAUGAGGAUACAUUGGGGAAGUCACCAGCAUACCCAAAUUAAAAGUAAAGCCACAAGCGGGAAAAGAGUCUUGACUUCAACUGAAUUUAGAUUGAAAUAAGCAUAAGAACUGGAGUUCUAGGAUCUCUUUCCUGGAAGUCAUCUGUACAUCUCACAGUUCUGGAAGCCUUGUUGAAAACUAAGCAGGGACUGCCAGCUGGACUUCAUUAGCAUUUAUUCAGGGAUGAAAUCCAACUUAGCAGCUUCCUUCCCUGCUUUUUUAAUGACAUUUUUAGACAAGCAGUCGGUUUAAAAUGCAAAGCACUACUUCUAUGAGUGCGGUGUGGAAGGAGGCAGCAACAACAGGAGAAUAUCUCCCCAUUUAAGCUUUCCAACAAAUAAGCAAAGCAGCUGUAUGUAUGUAAAAAGUCCAUUUGAUGAUGAUGCUAUUUCUAGGGUAGAUAAUAAAAGCCUUCUCACUGGGUUGCACUUUGAUAGGUUUUCGUGCUUUAGUGUAAUUUAGUACUCUUUUGGCCCCUGAGAAGGCACAGAUUAUUUCAGCAUGAUGGGAAAAAAAUGAGCUAAUGCUUGAAAAUCGGUGGGAAUUUUCAGCACAGGUGCACUGGAAAGAUUGUCUGCACAGGCCUUACUAAAAUAAAUGAGAUAUGUGCAGGAGUACUAACAUAUUUUAAUUUUGGUAGGUCUUGUGUUCAAAAACAUCUUGAUGGAUUUUGUCCUAUAAUAUUAAGCGAAGUGGGAUAAAAGAGGUAUCCCAAGUUGGGAAAACAAAAGCAAGAAUGAGAGUCCAUAUGGAUGUUCAGCCCAAAUGUUGUAUGGUGGCAUGUCAUAGGUAAAGGUGAUUUGUUAGUUUGCCUUAGAGGAACCAGUAGUGGAAUACACCACAAACCUCUUACUACACGAUCUGUCUGUGAUCAAGAAGGGUGGAAAGCACAAAAUUUGGUGGGAACACAGAAUUUGUCACUAAGGCUGAUUCUCAUGUGAACAUCGGCCCCAAACGAUUAAAUUAGCUUUAAUAAAAGAACACUUAUUUUGUAGCGUCUCUGGAUAGCUAGGAUUGCCUUGCAAAAUAAGACUGUUUAGUUUAAAACCUGUCUGUUUCAUUGGUGGGUUUACUUUGAUUUAGGCACUCCCGGGAGAAAUUCAUGCAGUUUUCUCGUAACUACUACAAAGAAUGCAAUUCUCGGGCAUAAGGCAUAGGUCUCCCUAGAGACUUGGCAGUAAAAUAAUAAAAGGCAUGAGAUCAAUACGAAUGAAAUAUUUCCUCCUUUACAACUUGGGCUCUAUUUAUGUUUAACUGAGCCAUGGGAAUUAAGAAAAAUGUAAGAUCCAGGAAAAAAGUGAAACUUUAUUUUUAUUUAACUGCGUUAAGUUGUGUUUGGCAAGCGUGUCUCCAAAAUGUGAUGUUUGCAUGAGCAGGCAGCUAGUUUGCUAGUUCCAGACGUGUAUACCUACAGAAAUAAUUACAUUGUGUUCUAUCUUGAAUGUUUUAGUUUGAGAUCUUACCU